AUCCGGCGUGCGGUGAUGACGACAUCUGGCCGGCGCCGGCUGGGAGACCGGGCGGGUUUCCGAGGCUGCCGGCCCGACUGCUGAGAGCCGCUGUCAUGGCUGCCGCUCUGUGGAGCUACUUCUCCGUCCUGCUGCUGCUACUACCAGGGGAUACCCAGAGCUCGGAGGUGUCCGGGACUGCUGCCGAGGGAUCUGGAGGGAGUGGGGUCGGCGUGGGAGACCGCUUCAAGAUUGAGGGGCGUGCAGUCGUUCCAGGAGUGAAGCCCCAGGACUGGAUCUCGGCGGCCCGAGUGCUAGUAGACGGAGAAGAGCACGUCGGCUUCCUUAAGACAGAUGGAAGUUUUGUGGUUCAUGAUAUACCUUCUGGGUCUUAUGUAGUAGAAGUUAUAUCUCCAGCUUACAAGUUUGAUCCUGUCCGAGUGGAUAUCACUUCAAAAGGAAAAAUGAGAGCAAGAUAUGUGAAUUACAUCAAAACAUCAGAAGUGGUCAGACUGCCCUAUCCUCUCCAAAUGAAAUCUACAGGUCCACCUUCUUAUUUUAUUAAAAGAGAAUCAUGGGGCUGGACAGACUUUUUGAUGAACCCAAUGGUUAUGAUGAUGGUUCUUCCAUUAUUGAUAUUUGUGCUUCUGCCCAAAGUGGUCAACACAAGUGAUCCUGACAUGAGACGGGAGAUGGAGCAGUCAAUGAAUAUGCUGAAUUCCAACCAUGAAUUACCCGAUGUUUCUGAGUUCAUGACUAGACUCUUCUCUUCAAAAUCAUCUGGCAAGUCUAGCAGCGGCAGCAGUAAAACAGGCAAAAGUGGAGCUGGCAAAAGGAGGUAGUCAGAUGGUCCAGAGCUGACAUUGAUAUAAACAUGGCAGCCCUGGGUGACAUCCAAGUCUUGAGGGAAAACCAUGUGAAGCAACUACUGUAAACUUGGGUCAUCCUGAAAGUUGAUCUCUUACAACAUUUGUAUAUGUUAACUUUUUGGCACAUGUUUUGUACUUGGCACACAAGAAAACCCAGCUUUCGUCUUUUGUCUGUGUGAGGUCAAUAUUGAUGUCAACUGAAUUACAGUGUCCUAUAGAAGAUGACAUUAAUAAGUUAUAUGAAUUAUUAUACAUUAUGUAUAUUAAAAUAAGUCUUAAUCCAGA